AUGAGAAGUGAGAACUGCCAAGCGUCAAAAAAUAAAUAUACAUUGAACAACCUCAAAUCUAACCUCUACAAUCUUAAUCGAGUAUCUCUUUUCCAUUUAAUAUUUCUAUAUAUUAUUCAGUGCAAUGGCAACGAGUAGAUUAGAAAGGAUUGGCACCAUAUUUUCUAGGGCGGAGGGUCUCCUAUUACGAGGAGCAAUAAGGCCGGAUGAUAGACCGUUGUGGUUUGACGUAUACAAAGCCUUCCCGCCAACAGUAGAACCAAAGUACGCCAGACCCAAGCCGGAAAACCUGACUAUCAAACCAAUUCUUUAUAAAGAAGAUGUAAUAAGGGCGAAAUUCCACGCGAAAGGUCAUGGGUUAAAUGUCAAUAUGCUCAGUUUGACUGGAGAGACCCAAACUAAAAAACUCGUACAAAAAUACCAGCAGCUACAGUCCGAAGGCGUUGCGGAAGAAGAACUAGUCCAGAAAUCUGCUGAAGCCGUUGGAAAUGCGCGUCAAGCUACUACAGAAACCUACAAAGUGGUCACAAAGAUUCCAGAUUCAGUGACUGCUAAAGUUUUGGCAGAGGCUGACCUUAAAAACAUAUUUAAAGAUAAAGAAUAGUUUGCAUUACUAUAGUGAAUUUAUGUAUCAAUAGUUAAGUAACUAGAUUAAUAAAUAAAAAAGUUUUUAAACUUAA